UUUAGGGUUGACGUUAAUUUUAUCUGAAAGACAGAGGUGUUAUAAUACAAGUGAUUUUUUGGGGGUACUAACCUGUCGAAUAUCCAUGUGUAAACAUUUGUAGGUUAAGUAUAGAUUAAAGCAACAAUGGGACUUUGGGGAUACGGAUUCACUCGAGAGAGCAAGCGAGCACGUGCUACUAGGAGAUAUGGUGCGUUCUAUCUUUGUUCAAUGUUUUUAUUACCAUCUUUCAUUUGGUAUUGUUUUGGGAAUCCAGCUGUCACUGGUUGGUUUAUCAAGCGUGCCAUACCUAUAACAUACCCUCCUGAGAGUAAUCCGCGUGUGAUAUCGCGCAUAUAUCACGAUAAGAGUGACGGUAACAACCAAAAGUCUAAGGAAUAACUGUAUCAAUGUCUAUAUAGACAUACAGAGUGGAGUGUUAUAUCGAAUUUUAAACUACGCCAAUCGACUACUAUCGCAUUGAGUGAACGUAUAUUAAUAUUUU